UACACACAACGGCGGCGUUUUCCUUUUCUCCAUCCGGCGAAUUGAUUUGUAUUUAUAAACUACAAUAGAAUCAAUAGUAACAGUGAACUAUCCAGGAUGGUGCUGGGCCACAAUGUAUCUCAGGGACUGAGAACGCAGGACGUUAAAAUAACCCAGGAUAUAACAUUCGAAACAAUGCUUUUAAGCAUCAGUACUUUGGAAGGUUUAAAAAACUCUGGUUUCCAUAAACCUUCACCAAUUCAACUUCAUGGCAUACCAUUAGGAAAAUGUGGAUUCGAUUUACUAUUAGAAGCUAAAUCAGGAACCGGCAAAACUGCAGUAUUCACAGUAAUAGCUCUGGAAAAAAUAGAUCUAAAUAAUGGCCUGCAAGCAAUCAUUCUGGCACCAACAAGAGAAAUUGCUGCCCAAAUUUGUGAUGUGAUAAAGCAAAUUGGAGGACAAUACAUAGGUCUCACAAUAGAAGUUGUUAUGGGUGGCCUACCAGUCAAAGAAGACAUCAUGAAAUUCAAAAAGAAAGUCCACAUAGUAGUUGGCAGCCCCGGAAGAUUGCAUCACCUCAUUAGAGAUAGCCACAUUGAUGUAUCUGCUGUCAGACUUUUAGUCUUGGAUGAAGCAGACAAACUAAUGGAAAAAAGUUUUAGGCCAGACAUUGAAUGUAUAUUUUCUGCUUUACCACUACAGAAACAAAUUAUAUUCAGCAGUGCAACAUUCCCAGAAGAGUCUAAAGCUUUCAUUAAUGAAUAUGUAAAAGUUUCCCAGCAUGUUUGUCCGGACAGUAAUAGUGUUCUAUUAGGAAUUUCACAGAGAGUGACCACAGUCAAACAUAAUGCAAAUAUCAUUAGACAAACACAGCAUAGAUUUGAAGAACUCCUUAACAUACUUUCAAAGAGAGAGUUCAAACAAUGUCUUAUCUUUUGCAACUACCAAGCAAGGGUAACAGAUGUAUACAAAAUGUUAAAGAAGGCUAAAUGGCCAGCAGAGAAGCUGUAUGGCCAACAAGAGCAGUUGGAUCGCUUAGAAGCAUUGAAAACUUUGCAGGAAUAUAAAUGCAGGAUUUUGAUAGCUACAGAUCUAGCAGCCAGAGGUCUUGACUCUUCUCAUGUAGACCUGGUUGUUAACUUUGAGAUGCCACAUGAUUGGCAGACUUAUUUACACAGGAUAGGCAGAGCUGGCAGAUUUGGGGCGUAUGGCCUAGCUGUCACUAUUGUUACUGACCAGGAAGAAACAAAAUUCAAGGAGUUAUUAAACUCUAUGCAUUUCCAAUUAGACAUAAGGAACUUUUGGAAUGAUGAAAAGUUUGAAUAUAAUGAUGAUGAACCCACAACACCUGUAGGAAUGCCUUUGGAACACACCAUGAGCUUGUUGAAUAUAGAUGAUGAAACACCCAACGAGGACAGUUACAGUGAAAUAUGGAAUACAUUAGUAGGUGAACCAUUAUGUAGCAGUAAUGACAUAGAACCUUUUGAUAUGCUAUGCUCAUCAUUUAUGGAAACAAAAGAUACAGUAGAAACUUUUACAGACCUGUUAGAUUCAUUUAAAAACAAUCUUGAUGAAAAUAUUGAUGAUAUGAAUGAAUACCAUUGUCUUACUCAGAAAAUAUCAAUUGCAAAAUAUAAACAACAUACAAAACAAAAUAAUUUCCUUGCAAACAACCAUGUAAAAACAGAAUUGGAAUUUGAAGUAGUUCCAUCAGAAGAAAUCACUCAAAAUGAUAUUGAACCUAAAUCUGAUGUAACUAGAUGGAAAUCAAAUAACAGGAACAAAAAAUUAGAAACCCCAACAAAAAAAUCCCAUCCCAAAAAUGUUAAACAUGUCUAUUUAAAGGAACAAAAAUUAGAAAGCUCACAAAGUAAAGCAUGCCCAAAACGCGAGAGAUAUGUAUUUCCAGGGGAUAAGAAAAGAAAUAAUUCACAAAGGAAAUCUUAUCCCCAAAACGAGCAUGCUUCUCCCGAAGAAAGUGAUGACAAUGGAUAUAACACAGCCUCCUAUGAUUUUAAGAAGUCUCAAUGUUAUUCAUCACAUAGUUACAACUAUUCUAAACAUUCGUACAAGUCAAGAAGUCACAAUGAAUAUCAAUAUCUUCCUGAUGAAUAUGUUCAAUGGUACAACACUUUAAAAUUAAGAACACAACAAAUUGAAAUGGCUGUAUAUUUAAAUGAAAUAUCACAACUGUAGUAGUCUGUAAUGCAUUAAAAAACGAACCAAGAUUAAUAAAACAAUUAUAUUUGUGUAUAUUUGUAGAUAAGUAAAACAAUUAUAUUUGU